AUGGAACUCCCGUCGUUUACUUAUUUGGAGGUUCAAGAGAAGAUGACCAUGAAGAGCACUGCCGAGCGGAGAGCGACAUUCGCACGUGAACCUGCUCGUUCGGCAUCGGUUCCACCUCGAAAGAAAUGGUUUCGUAGAUCGUCAUUUGUUCGAGUACAAUCCCAUGAGGUUGUUUGCGACGAUAUUACUCGCAGGUUGGUUGGGGCAAUCACCACAUGGCACGACAUCCAUAGCAAUCUGCUACGCUUGAGCAUUGAUCGGUCUGACUGCUCAUCGCUUAGUGAACAAUCCAUGGAGUCGUCAAGUUCCGAGGAAAACCCACAUGGUAUGCUAGAGCAGUUUAGUUGGUCUUUUUCUCAGUUUAGCCAAGCAAUGAACGAAGACUCGGUUGCAACAAAGAGGCGCUAG